ACUAGUGGUUUUAUCACUGCAGUGCGAAGAAUACUCACUGGAGGCGGUGCAAGACGUCGGGAGGUGAGUUCAGCCUUGAUAGGUGUUCAGAACCUGAUAGGUGUUCAGAACCUGACAGGUGUUCAGUCUCUAAGUUUAGGUUGGGUGUGCUGGGUUAUUGUCUGGUAUAAUACUGCAUUUUCUCUGUCCGUAGGUGUGUUGGCUAGUGACGCUGGUGGUAACCCCGCUGUGACGGUUGUGCUGGAGGGUGACGGUGACCCAGCGGCACUCCUGCAGCUGCUGUGUGUGCCCUCACCCCGUCACACCCACCACCCACACCCGGCACACUCUUUCCCCCAUCAGCCACACUACCCGGCCACCGCACGACAAACGCCUCCUGAAUCCAGUCGAACUCCAACCGAAAUAUCAACCACUUUCUGUGGGAUUCCACGAAAGAAGUAAUCCAUCAAUCACCCUGUCACCUCCGCCGCAAGGAAUCCAGAGGAGGGAGAGGGAAAUGAAGGAGAUGGUGAAGGAGGACAAGCCUGGGGGUAUGGGGAAGGAGUGGGAAGUCGGAGUCAACAGCUCAGAGACCCAGCAGAGUGGAAACUUGCCUCCGGCAGCAGGCGGUGACGAAGACGAUGACGGGGGAAUGAGAGAUAAGAAGGAACGCCGGAGAAGAAAGGUAGAUAACAAAGAUAGCACACGAGAACACAGGGCAAAGUUGAUUCUCACGGGAAGAUGUAAUAAUGCUGAUAAUGGCGAAGGAGGAGAGAAACGGGGAUGCAAGGCAGGGAACAACGUCAGAGAAAGGAAGGCAAGCGAGAGACAGAGAGACUCUGAAAACGGAAGAUGUCUUUUACCUAGUCUGCCUCCGGCGCCCAGACUGAGAUUAACAGAGAUCAAGGGUCUCUCAGCCAACACCGGCGAAGACUAUAACGAACUCGCUCGACGUAUUAGACAGAGAAAAAGGCCUCAGAACGAGGCAGCCUCAAGGGACGUAAUGAAGCCGGGGUUGCCAGACUCCGACACAACACCAACAAAUAUUACCUGGAGCACCUGGCUGCCUCUCGCAGGAGGCGCUGACGAGGACCCAGGAGUGAAGGAACCUGGUUCAGAGGGCACGACCAGUCUGGCCUCCUGGCGGGUACUUUACCUACACCCAGACCUCAGUGUGAGCGUGAGGGGACCUAGACUGAUGCUGCGACCUUCUAGCGACCACCUCCUCCCGUCUUCCCCCGUCCUCGUUUUUCAUCCCGCUUCCCCUUCCUUUCCUCGCUCCUCUGUCCCAUAUCGCAGGACGUCCUCCUUCCGUCCUCACACUGGCGCCUCCAGCCUCUUCAUCACCUUCCCGGCUCUCCUCGCUGCCUCCAAUUCCUCUCGUUUCUUCCCGUCUUCUGCUGCCUCAUCUCCCCCCCCACGUCUACCCUCAACCCAGUCCCCGUCUAUCCCUUCCAGUGAAUCUUCUUCCUGUUCUUCACAUCCCUUUUCCCUCCAUCCCAUUCCUCAACUCUCAAGCGUGUCACCUGCGCCAUCACCACGCCCUCUGAUUUCAUUACCACGCCUUCUCACUCCAUUACCACGCCUCCUCACACCAUUACCACGCCCCCUGACACCUUUAUCAAGCCUCCACGCCUCAUUACCACUCCUUCUUCGCUCGCCACCACGCCCUGGGGCAUCGCCACUCGUCAGGGGCACCCUGGCGCCAGGCCUAAACAUACCCGAGGGAGGAAGACCAGACGCCCUGGCUGUUGUACAGUGCCUACCCCCAGGAGGGGGACCAGCAACCACUGCCUACGUCUUGCCAGAUUGUGUGGGAGUCGAGGUGGAGUCACUACCAAAAGACACAGUUUUCCUCUGUCCAGAACCUCGCCACGGAUCUCACUCACAACAACAACCAGUACAGCUGAGCCAGACACUGACCUCGCAAACACAAGAACGAAAUCCUAAAGGCAAAUCACGACGGUACAUUUUAGAGAUGAAGACCCGUUCACUGACUUGGACAUUGAUCAAAACACAUGAGAAUCCACGAGACCAACAGUACCCACAGGACCCACAGUACCCACAGGACCCACAGGACCCACAGUACCCACAGGACCUACAGGACCCACAGGAUCCACAGCUACAGCGGACAGUGGCACCACCACCCAGGUCCACCACACGGUGGCGCCGUGGUGGAGGCGGCAUCAGCAGGAACAUCCUGACGAAGGCGUCGGCCAUCCCUGACGUAGCUGCCACCGGCGUUCCAUUGGACAGUGACGCUGACGCUGGUGGUGCGAGGGCCCCUGGAGAGUCGUCAGCCACCGCCCACGUCACUGUUGGCACUGUUGAAACAGCUGGUGACAACGACCACCAGCUGCAACACCUGCUGACACGCCCAGACAAUCAUGAUCAAAAGCUUCGUGUACAGGUAGAGAGCGUGAAGGAAAGCAGCCAGCUACGACGACUCUCUAGAGACCUUGGUCUGAAUCCGUAUACUCGACCAGAGUCGGCGCCCCAGCUGCGGUACACCCACAUCGAGCAGACAGUGACACCAGGAUCACCUGUCUCCCUCAAGUGUACUGCCGUGGGCGUGCCCGCCCCUGUCAUCACCUGGACCCGGGACCACCGCCCACUUCUGCCCUCACACAGCACGAGUGUGGGAAGCUCCAGGACUCCCCUGGGGGAGGUGGUGAGCCUGGUGAACCUAAGCUCAGUGACCACACGUGAGGGCGGUUCCUACACCUGUACCGCCCACAACGCCCACGGCUCUGUCGCCCACUCAGCCAGACUCAACGUCUACGGUCCGCCCUUCGUUCGUGCCAUGGGUAACGUGACGGUGGUGUCUGGGGAGGAUGUUGGGGUAUGGUGUCCUGCAGGAGGAUACCCUACCCCCACCAUUACCUGGCGUAGGGAGGGCCAUACCCUCCCCACCUCCCUCAGACAGGAGAUAGCCACCAACGGGACACUGGUAAUAAGGAACGCUGGCAACGAGGACGCUGGUCGCUACACCUGUGUCGUCUCCGGCAGACAGGGGCAGACAUCGUCCUCACACACCUUCCUCCAUGUGCUCAAGCCUCCCAAAAUCGAGCCGUUUUCGUUCCGGAGUGACUUGCAGGAAGGAGAGAGGACGCAGCUUACUUGCAUGAUCAACUCUGGUGACCUUCCUAUCACUAUCAACUGGCUCAAGGAUGGUCGCCACCUGCAGCAUGACCCGGGCAUUGAUAUCAAGCAGAUGAGCGAGUACUCUAGGGUGUUGCUGUUCAAGAAGCUACGAGAGCAUCACUCGGGGUCGUACACCUGCGAGGCUGCCAAUGCUGCUGCUACAUCCAACUACACUGCUGCCGUCAGAGUUAAGGUGGCACCCAGGUGGGUGGUGGAACCUGGGAGUGCCACGGCUCUGGUGGGUUCAACAGUGGUUCUGGAUUGCAGCGCUCGUGGCUACCCCAAUCCAGAGUUGACGUGGAUGAAGGCUCCUGGGGACUCAGCGCAGGACUUCCUGGCGGUAGUUCUGGACGGAGUGAGGGCAUCGCAAGCACCUAAUGGAUCACUUGUUCUGCCUGACGUAGCUACCACCAGCGCUGGCUGGUUCCUCUGUCGCGCCGAUAACACUGUCGGCAAGUCUAUCUCCAAGGUGGUCAAACUCACCGUCCACGCCCCGGCGCGGGUGGUGACGGAAGGAGGGCGGGUGACGGGGCAUGCUGGACAGACAGUGACGGUGACCUGUGAAGCUACAGGUGAUGACCCACUCUCCCUCACCUGGCUCCGUCACCACGCUGUCGUUGCGCCAGGUCACAGGACGUCUGUGAGUGAGAGUGGAGGUGGUGGGUCUGUGAGGGCUGUUCUGGAGAUCAGAUCUGUGACGGCUGCUGAUGCUGGGGCCUACACCUGCCGUGCCACAAACCCUCACGGCGAGCACUCUCAAGUGUUCAAUGUCGCUGUCAUAGAGCCGCCUACAGCGCCCACAGGAGUGACGGUGUCAGAGGUAGGAAGUCGCUCUGCUCGACUCUCCUGGUCACUGCCACAGCCUGCAGCAGUCACCAUACAGUACCGAGGUAGGACACAACUGACUUGCAGCUUACGAGGUAUCCCAUGGCGAAACGUCAGUGUGGUUCAGUGGGCAUGGCACGUGUUGCCGGGACUGACUCCCUACCAUGCAUACGCUGUGAGACUGAUGGCCCACAACGACCUGGGGGUGUCCCAGCCCUCACAGGUCCAGGUCUUCACCACCAGGGAGGAAGCGCCGUCAGGAGCACCGCAGGACGUGCGUGUGGCUUCAGGAGGUCCCCACUCCUUGCUGGUGACCUGGAGAGCCCCCGUCCCCCGCCUCACCCACGGUCCCCUCAGGGGUUACACCAUCGCCCUCCGCCGCCAGAACCUCCAGGGACACCUCACCUACAUCACCAGACCCAUCACUGCCUCCCCAGGUGACACGGAGGCUGUGGAGCAGUACGAGGUACAGGGGCUGACAUCAGCCUCCCUCUACGAAGUAGCUGUGAGAGCGUUUACUAGGGCAGGAGCAGGUCCUCUCUCCUCCCCGAGAAUAGUGGAUUCUACCAGCCACGAUGCGCCUUCGUGCCCACCUGCUGGAGUGUCGUGCCGAGGGUCGGGGCGUGGCAGUGUGAGGGUGUGGUGGUCACCCCCACCCACACACUGUGUGCCCGCCCCUGUCAGUGGCUACACAAUCGUCGCUACACCCACCAAGCAUGUCCAGCACUCUUCUGGUGGCAACACCUGGGAGGUUAACACAACCAAUCUGGAGAAAAACUUGGACGGUCUGCCGCCAGCCACCAACGUCAGUGUUCGUGUCAAGGCGUUCAACGACGUCGGCUUCAGUCCUUCCAACGACCCUGUCUUCUGUGUCACGGAAGAUGACGUGCCGAGUCCUCCCCGGAAGGUCCGGGUUAUAGUGACAGGUGGCACUACGCUAUUGGUAACGUGGUCACCUCCACAGCCCCACACCGGUACCAUACUCCACUACACACUCUAUUCCGCCAGGGACGACCAGGUAGCAGUGAGGGACGUGGUGGGUGCUGGAGGUUCCGAGGCCACCUGGAGGGAGCUGAGCGGCCUCACACCUGCCUCCAGAGUACAGGUGUGGGUGACUGCUACCACUGUAGCUGGAGAAGGUAGUCAAUCCCCGAGGCUCACCGCCCUGCCCACACCAACCCCCACACACGCACCCAUUGCUGUGGGCGGUGGGCGGUCGUGGUGGGUGGGUUCUGGUUCCGGGGUCACCCUGGGUUGCAGAGCCCUGGGAUCGCCGACACCUACCAUCACCUGGAUGAAGAACAGCGUAGCAGUCAGCAACAGUCACCUGACCCAGCUGCUGCCAGGGGGCGACCUCCACCUCACAGCGGUACGUGAGUCUGCCAAUUACACGUGCUGGGUACGUAACAGCGUGGGCGUGGACAGUCUGACACACUCGGUGGUGGCGGUCACCACGCCCACGCCCCCCACACUCACCUUCGUCCACGCCACCCACCACGCCCUCAACCUCACCAUUAACCCGACUGGUGACGGAGGAGCUCCCAUCCUGGGAUACUCCGUGCAUCACCGUCAGCGAGCUGGUGAGUGGGUGGAGUCUGGUGUCGACGCCGGGGUGAAGAGUGUGGUGGUGAGGGGUCUUCCCUGUGGUGCUCCACACCAUAUUUACAUCACAGCAUGGAACGCCCAUGGUACAAGUGCCCCUAGUCCCGUCCUUCUGGCUAACACCCUGGGUAGUGCUCCAGGUCGUCCUGAUCCAGCUAAGUUAGUGGAGGUUAACGCUACAUGUGUGACGCUGCGCCUCUACGUCUGGCCGGAGCUGGGAUGCCCCGUCACACACUGGAAGGUGGAGCUUGGCAACGAAGAGACGGACCUGUCAUGGAAACCUCUGUACUCUCAGGUGACCCGCGACACCAGUGACUUGGGUCUGUGUGACCUGACUUCGGCCACGGGUCACCUGCUGCGGAUCACAGCAGCUUCCACUGCAGGAGAUACAGCUGUCGUGUACCGUGUGGCCACCAGGGACCAUACUGGAGGUUCUAUGACAGCUGAGGCGGUGCAGGAGGUGCUGGUCAGCAACCAGACUGUUGCUGGUGGCUGGCUGGAUGUACAUGUUGUAGCUGGUGCUGUCAGUGCGCUGCUCCUUGCUGCUGCACUCAUCAUCUGUCUGUGUGUCGCUGUCAGCAGGCGCAGAUACGGCGGGUACAGACCCGGUGAGAGCCUGGACAACAAGGGAGGAGGAGAAGAAGACAAUGCUCGCAACUCUGAGCUGACACGCACUCACCUCUACUCCCCGACACCCACCAAGAAACCUCAUGGUUCUCUGGCUUCCAUCAAGACCCAGGACGACCCCUACGAGAUCUGUCCAUACGCUACCUUCAGCGUGGGUAGUUCUGAGGACACACUAGAGUAUGGUCUAUCUCUCCACGCCAUGACUCCCAGAGACUGUCUCGAUCAUCCGGCCCACAGUGAGAGACACCCACAACAGUCUCCCUCUUACGGCCAGGUCGGCCGUCAGCGAGCACACUCACACUACAAAGAGACAGAGAUUGCUUACAUAAGUAACCGCAACCGUGGGGAGUACAGCAGCCGACCUAAGUCACUGCCAGGAGGACAGCCCGUGCCUGCUGCUGCUGUUGUUGCUCCUACUGCUGCUGCUCCUGUUGCUGCUGAGGCUGCAGAACACAGGGUGUGGACGGAGGACUCCAGGAAGGACACUGGUAGUCGCCCUCACCGCUCCAGAAGUCGCACAAGAGGAACAGAUGCUACGAGGCGCGACUCAAGCACGGAGAGUAACGAUGCUUCGUCUCCCGUACAACAACAACAGCGACAACACUACCAGCAUCCACAAAUGCCACCCAAGCCACACCAUCAGCUCCAUUCACAGCAGUUGCCCUUGCAACAGCAGCAGCAACAGCAGCAGCAAGUAGCAGCAGCAGGAGUGCGAGUAGGGCCACACCCGCUGCCACCUGUCCGCCAUGCCAGAGUGGAAAGUACUUCAUCUUCGUCCUCCUCCUCGAGUGAAACUUCACCUCUGACUCCUCCUCGACCCCUUCAUCCACCCUCCGCCUUCUCAGACUCCAGGGAGCUCUCCGAGGCGGAGUGUGACAGAGAGCUCUCACUGGCUCAGGCUGGAAGGGUAGCAGGUGACGGUGCGACAGCGGGUAGGAGCGGCGCUCCAGGGGACGUUGAGAACUUAACCACUGAGCUCACGGUAUUACUGCAGCGGUACAAGCAGGAACACCAGAUGGGACACGGUGUUCAGCAGGAACACCAGAUGGGGCACGGUGUUCACCAAGAACAAAAACUCCACCGAGGAUCUCAGAAAAAUCCUUAUAGCAUUAAUGUUUAACUUUAGCCUUACACCCCCCAACACCCUCAAAAAACCUCCACUCUAUAGGAAAGUGUAUAUAUAUUUUUAUAAUUCAAAUGUGCAUUCUUAACAUUCACCUAAAUGAUAAAUAAGGUUAGUUAUCAUUUUUUUUGAUACAGUUUAAGUUGUUUAUUGGGUAUCUAUUGCUCACAUGUGAAUAUAUAUAUAAUUGUAAUUAACUGCAGACAAUAAUGGUGAAUAUGAUAUAUAGAGAAAAAUCACAAAACAAGUGGGAUUCGAACCCGCGGCAAGCGGGUCUUAAAACUCGCACCUCAGUGUGCUAAUUGUGGAUCAAGUUACGUCUAUUUAGUACCAAACGUUUCGCAAAAGUCCAAAGCUUCACCUGAGCAAAACUGUCUCACGAAGAAAGUAAUUUCUUGAACCUUGAGAACUGUCGAAGGAAACACCUGCAACAUGUGCAACACCUGCAACACCUGAAACAUCUGCAACAACUGAAACAUGUGCAACUGAAGAUGAAGCAGGACUAAGAAAAGACAGGAAAUAUUUGUGAAGGUAUUAUAAGAAGGGAUGAUAAAGAGUAGUCACGGCUCAGGUCUGCCAGACUGUAGACAGUAGUCAUGAUUAAGACAGGGAAGUACGGGAUUGUCUCAAUAUUAUAACGCAUGAGCAAAAUACACUAACCACAAAC